AUGGAGUUCCUGCUACCACCCCUUUCAAGAUCAGCCGGCCCCAAUGACAAAUUGGACACUGACCGUGCCCUACGCCCAGCAAUCGCCGCUGCUGCUGACGCUCCAUUUGCCGAAGCAGUCCCCUGGACGCCCGCCGGGUUCGAUGUGGCACUGCCUCCGCGAGCCGGCGACUGGUCUCUGAACGUCCUUGCAGUCAUGGACCCAGAACUGCGGACUCUCCGAAGCCCUCCAUUCUUGCCAUCUGGGAGCGUAUUUCCUGGAGGAACGCUGAUAGACGAAGCAGACUGCUUCCUGCGCAGCAUACGCUUGGUCUGGACAUCUCUGACGGGUGUUGGAGGAGGGGUAUGGCUUCGAAGGGCAGCUGCUGCGGCGGAGGAGGACAGGCUGGGAUUUGGAUUCUGGGAUGCUCGAAACGCCUGGAGGGCAGCAGUUUGCGCAGAGGGCGAUGGAUUGGUAUUUAGAGGCUAUUCCAGUGUUAGUAGCCACUCUAUCUCUUCAUCAUAUUCGGCACUGAUGCUGGAGGGGGGAGUUGGCAGAUAA